UUAGAACAAGACAGUGUGUAUGUAUAAUGACCAAAGUGAAACAUGGAUGACCCAAGGAUAGAGUGGAUUAGAAAUCGAGUUUAUUAUGCACUUGAUAUAAAAGAAAAUGAAGUUUUUGAAGAAUUAUUAGAGCGGUCUGACGGAGAAAUUGAAAGACAACUUGGCAAAUUUCUAAAUGAUACACCUGAAGGAAACGAAUCCGCAAUUCUAUUUUACAAAUUAAUAGUAGAAGAAGAAGAGGAAGUUGAAGUGGAAUGUGAACCCGAGAUUCCCGAUAUUGAACAAGAUGAGGAGGCAAAUGAAGGCGAUGCUGAAGUGCAUGUUGAGGAAGAAGGUCCAACUGAGCAAGCCUUGCCUGUGUCUACUCCCACUACCGAGAGGGAAGACGAGACGCCAAGUAGGAAAGGCAAAAGAAAGAAAAAGGGGAAGGAAACUCCAACAUCAGAGAGUAAAGGUGAAGAGAAGACUGAUGCUCCAAGAGAAGAACCAGAACCUGAGGUCAAAGUUGAAAAUGCAGAACAGGUUGCAGAGCAAGCUGAAAAUGAAGAAGUAGAAGCUGUAAAGACAACAAAGAUUAUUAUUCAGAAAGUGUGGCAUACGUACUUGUAUCAGUGCUACCAACACUUACCCCAAGAGCAUUCAGACAGAGAAUCCAUUUAUUUCCUCCGCAACACACUCGGAAUGAUUCCCUUGCCAAACUCCAUGGAGGAAGCUGAUGACUCUAUGCCGGGUUAUUUAGAGUUUGGAAUCCUCAAUGGUCAUUCUCUAGUCAUGCUGGAACAGAUAAUAACACAGGUUUACAUGCCACUUCUGUCAUAUAACCAACAUAAACAUUUUGACAAUCAACCAAGCAAAUGGACAGAUAAACAACUUGAUCAGCCAUCAGAAACAGAUUUGACAGAAAAGAAAAGUACCACUUCAGUUGGUGCUGAAUCAGGUGCCAAAGCUUUGCUUCGAGAUGACUUUCUCAUUAACAUGCAGAAGUUUGCUUCCAACAUUACUCGGACACUACAGCAGAUUGAAGGUGAAGUGAGACUUGAUGUUCCAGAUAUUGUUUUGAGUGAUAAUAUUGAGGAGGUUCUCAACAAUUCUGAACUGAUGGCAAUCAUUCGUGAGAAGUGUGCAGAAUGGGAAAAUCAGAUUGGUAUGGCUCUUAGCCAGCAGUUGGAAAAAACACGUCAAGGCGAUGGACCUUUAGCAGAAAUAGAUUUUUGGCGUGAAAGAAAUGCAGCUUUAAGUGCUUUGUCGGAACAGCUGAAGAUCCCGUUAGUUGUUCAGAUGUUUAACAUAUACAGCCAGGUUGAAACAGACAUUGAAAGCAGACGUCCCGAUCUCAAUAAAUAUUAUGUAGAAGCCAAAGACAAUGUUCGAUUUCUGUCCACUUUGGAAAGGCAUUUCAAGAAUAUUGCUCAUGGUGCAACAUUCCAAGUUGUUAUUGAAACAAUUCCUUCAAUGAUGAAUGCACUUAGAAUGGUGUGGAUUAUUUCCCGCCACUACAACAAAGAUGAAUUAAUGGUUCCAUUGAUGGAAAGGAUUGCGUGGGAGCUGGCUGAACGAGUUGCUCGAGUCAUUGAUGUUCACACACUAUACGAAUUGGAGACAGGAGAGGUAAAGCGAAAAACCGAGGAAGCCAAAAAGAUGUUGCAAGUUUGGAAGAGCUCCUACUUUGAAGUACGAGCUAAGAUUGAAGCCUCAGGUCGAGACCAGCGGUGGGAGUUUGAUCGCAAGAAGUUGUUUGAGAGGACGGAUUACAUGGCCAGUAUUUGUGAGAACCUCUAUGAGGUGGCACAGGUCUUGGAAGAGUUUUACAACAUUUUUGGUCCUGAAUUGAAAGCUGUUACUGGUGAUCCCAAGAGAAUAGAGGAUGUUCUGCAGCGAGUUGAUGCACUGGUGGAACCAAUAGCAGAGGUGGAUUUUGAUAUUUUUAACCAGCGCGAGGGACAACAAUGGCGACAGGUUAUGGAUUGGUUUAACAGAGAAGUGGAUGAAAUCGAACGUGAAGCCAAAAGCUUCAUUGAUGACUCUUUCCAGUCACUGCGUUCUGCUGAGGGUGCCUUUGAUAUGUUGCUGAACUUUAAACACAUCAGAUCUCGUGAAGCUAUCAACAAUCAGAUGAUGCAGAAAUUUAAAGAUAUUUUAACACAGUAUGAAAAAGAGGUUGAUACCAUGCAUAGCCUUUUUAAGGAAAGUGUUGAUAGUCCACCAUUGAACAAGAACAACCCGCCAGUUUCAGGUGCAAUAUUCUGGGAGAGAGCACUGUUCUAUCGCAUCAAGCACACCAUUAUCAGUUUUCAGAGUAUUGAUGAAAUGAUGGUGUCAGACAGUUUAGGAAAAGCGGCUCGAGCAAAGUACUUGAGUGUUGGGAAGCAGAUGAAGGCCUUUGAAGAUAGCAGGUAUGAACAGUGGAAGGAACACGUGGAACAAAUUCUACCUUCAUUGUUGAAGCGCAACCUUCUGAUCAAACCCAUACAUCUUCAAAGUUGUCAGACGUUCCACCAGCAGCAGCUGCAGUACCAGCAGCAGCAGGUACAGGCCAUCAGUCGCAUUCAGAAACAACACACUGCUGGAGGAAGUGACGAGGUAGCUGAAAGUGGCACAGGAGGAUUUCAAAUCAAGUACCUUGUAGAUUUUGAUCCCCAGCUUGUUGAAAUAAUUUGUGAAACAAAAUACAUUGAACAGCUGGGAUUUUCUGUGCCUGAGUUAGCAAGAAAUGUUGCUUUACAGGAAGAAAAAUACAUAAAGUAUGUUGACGACCUGUUGUGCAUGUUGCGAAGUUUCCAUGCAUUGUUAGCUUCUCUGGAUCCCGCCGAGGCAACACUAUUGGAGGACAAUGUUCGAGAACUGAGACGUGUUUUGAGGCCAGGUUCAAAGAGACUCAACUGGAACUCAUUGGGCAUUAGUGACUACAUCAAUAAAUGUCGAGCUGCCAUUGCCAAAUUUGAGUCACUGGUGAAUCAAAUUCAGAAGAAUGCACGUGAUAUCAAUCAGCGGCUGGUGAUGUUGGAGCAUGGACAGCUUUUCAUAGGCCCUCCACCAAAUCCAAAUGCUUCCGACAUUCUCCCCAGCUGUAAGGAGUUUUUUGAACACAUUGAAAAGGAACGUGCAAAAGAUUUUGAAACGUUGGCAAGAAAGUACCGAGCAAUUGGACCGCUGUUGACGAAGAUGGAAGGACUGGUUGUACACACCAACACUGGCAAGUCUCCCAAGCUGAGCCAGUAUUAUGCAUACUGGGAGAGGAAAGUCUAUGACGCUCUCACAAAGAUGGUGAGCAAAAACCUGCUCCGAUUCAAUACAUCACUGCAAGGGGAUAAGCCGUUGUUCCAGGUUGAAACUUUACUUGCAGCUCCCGAUGUUGUCCUGCAUCCACAGGCCAAUGAAGUGUACAAGGUCACACUGCAGUGUGUCAGGGACUGUGUUGAAGGAACAAAAAACUUUGUACGAUGGAUGAAUGGUACAUGCAUAGAAACAUUACCACAAAAAGUGGAAGGAGAAGAUGAGCCGUAUGUGUUCAGUUUUUUCCGUGACAUUUCAUCAGACCCAGAUAUAAUUGAACUGGUGGAAGUUGUGGCAAACAACAUGAAAAAUACUCUCACAAACUUGCAGCGAUAUCUCAACAGGUGGAAAAAAUACAGGAUCAUUUGGAAACCUGAAAAACUUCAGAUUGCAGAGAAAUGGAUACAGAAAGGACUGACAGUGGUUCAGUUUGAUGACAGAUUUCAGUAUUACAACAAGACAAUAGACGAAGUGGAUGCCUUGCCCAUUACGAAAGAUCAGGAGUGUAUUCGUCUAAAUAUGGCCCCUCUGGCCAUGUCUGUCAAAGAUCAUGCCAGACAAUGGAUUCAGUGUCUUGGCAAGUUGCUUCGAGAUUCUGCCAAAGAGAGUCUCUAUGAUCUCCGAGAUAUGCUUGAUAACAAAUCUGAUGACCUGGAUAUUUCUCCAAGAAGUUUGGAAGAUCUCAAAUCAGUAUUGUCAUGUAUAUCUGACAUCAAAGUCAUGUCUCUUGAUGUGGAAAACAAAAUCGGAGAUAUACAGGAGAAAUACAGAACACUCAUUGUUUAUCAGAUUGAGGUUUCAGAGGAAGAGAGAGAACUUCAGUCUAACAUGCCAAAUGUCUGGGAUGAGUUGGUGCUCAAGUCGAAGAAUGUUGAUGCUAGUCUGUUGGUUGUCAAGAAGAAGUUUACUGAGAUUACACAAGAUGAAAUCAAACAGUAUCGUAAAGAUCUGGAACAAUUUGCAGAAAGAUUUCAAAUGGAAGGCCCUGUUUCCUGUGGUACAGAUUUAGAUAAAGGUCUUGAGCUGAUGAAGCAGUAUCGUACUGAGCUGGCUGAGUAUGAGGAGCACCGCCAGGAACUGGCCAAUGCAGAAAAGCUGUUUGACUUGCCUAUCACCAUGUACCCAGAUCUCCUUGAAGUCCAGAAACAGAUGAAGGCUUUGGAACAGAUCUAUGCUUUGUAUGAAGAGCAAAAGGCAGCAAGGGAGCAGUGGUCUGAGACAUUGUGGUCCAACCUCAAUAUCCAGCUUUUGCAAGAAGGCAUUGAAGGCUUUCUUAAAAGGUUACGGAAGAUGCCUCGUGAAGUACGGUCUAUGGUGACAGCCAGGAAUUUGGAGGAGAAGAUGAAAGAGUUCAAAGAUUCACUGCCUCUCUUUGUUGACUUGAAACAUGAGGCACUCAGAGAAAGGCAUUGGAAGGAGCUCAUGACAAAGACAGGACAGAAGUUUGAUAUCAACCCGGAAACAUUUACCUUGGCCAAUGUGUUUGCUAUGGAGCUACAUAGAUUCCAAGACACUAUUGCAGAGAUUGUUACAUGUGCUAGCAAAGAAAUGGGUAUUGAGAAGGGUGUGAAGGAAAUCGAAGAAACAUGGCAGAAUAUGAAGUUCAGCAUCCAGUCUUACAUGAAGGGCACGUCUUUCCGUGGCUACAUCUUGGGCUCGGUGGACGAUGUGCUGCAGAUCCUCGACGACAGCGCCAUGAACCUGCAGAGUAUGUCAGCAUCGCGCUUUGCAGCUCCCUUCCUCAACUCUGUGCACAGCUGGGAGAAGAGCUUAUCACAUAUCUCGGAAGUUCUUGAUGUUUGGAUGGUUGUGCAAAGGAAGUGGAUGUACCUUGAAGGAAUCUUUAUUGGGGGUGACAUUCGCUCACAGCUUCCAGAGGAGGCCAAAAAGUUUGAUUCCAUUGAUAAGACAUUCAAAAAGAUUAUGACUGAUACACAAAAGACUCCUCACAUCAAAAUCUCCUGUCAUGCCACAAACAGACUUUCAGAUCUUCAGAAUUUGUGCCAAGGAUUGGAAAAAUGUCAGAAGUCUCUCAAUGAUUAUCUCGACUCAAAACGAAAUGCCUUCCCACGUUUCUUCUUCAUUUCUGAUGAUGAGUUGCUGAGCAUUCUGGGUAGCAGUGAUCCUGAAUGUGUGCAGGAGCAUAUGAUAAAGAUGUAUGACAACAUCUCAACUCUGGCCUUCCAAAAAGGCUCCAACAAUGAGAUGCUAGCCACUGCGAUGGUGUCUGCCGAGGGUGAAACGAUGGAGUUCAGGAACCACAUUGCUGCAGAGGGUCGUGUUGAAGACUGGAUGACAAGUGUUCUGGAGGAGAUGAGGAGCACCAACAGACUCAUCACCAAAGAGGCAAUCUUCUACUACUGUGCUAACAAACCAAGGGUCGAAUGGAUGCUUGACUACCAAGGUAUGGUGUGUCUUGCUGCCAAUCAGAUUUGGUGGACCUGGGAGGUAGAAGAUGUCUUCAAUAAGAUUAAGAAGGGUCAUAAAACUAUUCUCAAAGAAUAUGCCAAGAAACAACAUAAACAAAUUGGAGAUUUGGUUGUUAAGGUUCGCUCUCAGCUGUCCAAAAAUGACCGAAGCAAAUUCAACAGUGUUCUAAUCAUUGAAGUCCACGCAAGAGAUAUUGUUGAUGGGUUUGUCAGGGACAGUAUCAUGGAUGCUCGAGAGUUUGAGUGGGAGAGUCAGUUACGGUUCUACUGGGAGAGAGAGCCCGAUGAGCUGCUAAUACGACAGUGUACUGGAACGUUUGGCUAUGGCUAUGAGUACAUGGGUCUCAAUGGGCGACUUGUCAUCACACCACUGACGGACCGGAUCUAUCUCACACUCACACAGGCGUUGUCAAUGAAGCUUGGUGGAGCACCUGCCGGUCCUGCUGGUACAGGUAAGACGGAAACCACCAAGGACUUGGCCAAGGCUCUCGGUCUGCUGUGUGUCGUCACCAACUGUGGAGAGGGCAUGGACUACAAGGCUGUUGGAAAGAUUUUCUCUGGCCUGUGUCAGUGUGGAGCAUGGGGUUGCUUUGAUGAGUUCAACCGUAUCGACAUCUCCGUGCUGUCUGUCAUCUCGACACAGCUCAAAACCAUCCAGAAUGCUCUCCUGCUCAACCUCAAACGAUUCCACUUUGAAGGUCAGGAGAUCAACAUGGACAGUAGGGUUGGUAUCUUCAUCACAAUGAACCCUGGGUAUGCUGGACGUACUGAACUUCCCGAGUCGGUGAAGGCUCUGUUUCGUCCAGUUGUUGUCAUUGUGCCCGAUCUGCAGCAGAUCUGUGAGAUUAUGUUGUUUUCUGAAGGCUUUCUCCUAGCAAAGGUGUUGGCUAAGAAAAUGACUGUCUUGUAUAAACUUGCCAAGGAACAGCUUUCUAAGCAGUACCAUUAUGACUUUGGAUUGAGAGCUCUGAAAUCUGUACUGGUAAUGGCUGGUGAACUUAAAAGAGGAUCACCAGACCUUCAUGAGGAUGUUGUGUUGAUGAGAGCCCUGCGAGACAUGAACCUGCCCAAGUUUGUAUACGAAGAUGUGCCUCUCUUCCUGGGCCUCAUUGGAGAUCUCUUCCCAGGUCUCGAUUGUCCACGUGUGCGCUAUCCAAACUUCAACGAUGCAGUGGAAGCUGCUUUUGAAGACAAUGGUUUUGUUGUGCUCCCUCAGCAGGUUGACAAAGUUGUCCAGCUGUAUGAGACUAUGUUAACGAGACACACAACCAUGGUUGUUGGGCCUACUGGUGGUGGCAAGACAGUUGUGAUAAAUGCUCUUUGUCAGGCUCAGACAAAGCUUGGAGUGCAUACCAAACAGUUUAUUAUCAACCCAAAGGACCGCAGUGUUAUUGAGUUGUAUGGAAUUCUUGACCCAACCACUCGAGACUGGACUGAUGGAUUGCUGUCAAACAUCUUCCGUGAUAUUAACAAACCCACAGACAAAAACGAGAGAAAAUACAUUGUGUUUGAUGGUGAUGUGGAUGCAUUAUGGGUAGAAAACAUGAAUUCUGUGAUGGAUGAUAACAGGUUGCUGACACUGGCGAAUGGUGAACGUAUUCGACUACUGAAGCACUGCGCUAUGCUGUUUGAGGUUUUUGAUCUUCAGUAUGCUUCCCCUGCAACAAUCUCCAGAUGUGGUAUGGUUUAUGUUGAUCCAAAGAACUUGGGAUUUGUUCCCUAUUGGCAGAAGUGGUUGAAUACUCGAUCACUGAAAACUGAGCGUGAUGAACUGAAUCGGUUCUAUGAGAAGUACGUGCCUCUGCUCAUUGACUUUGUGGUGGAAGGCAUGUAUGAAGGCAGACAGCAGGAGAAACUGAAGACCAUUGUUCCCCUUACUAAUCUCAAUAUGGUAACCCAGUUGUCUAUGAUGUUGGAUGCUCUGGUGACUAAGGAAAUCCAAGACCCAUAUGAGUUAGAGGCCUACUUUUUACAGGCUUUGUACUGGUCUGUAGGAGGUGGUCUGCUGGAGGAUGGACGUACAAAGUUUGAUACCUAUGCCAAGUACCUAGCAUCCAUGACAAUUAUACAGGAUGAGAGCACUGCUGCUGGUCCAGGUGAGCUGCCAGGAAAUUCAACACUAUUUGAAUAUUUUUGGGAUGGAGAAAAGACACAAUGGAUUUCAUGGUCAAAGUUGGUGCCAAAAUAUGUGCAUGCACCUGAGAAGAAAUUCAAUGAAAUUCUGGUGCCAACAGUGGACACAGUGCGAUCCACAUGGCUGUUAGAGCUCAUGGUUGGCAUAAAGAGACCUGUUGUUCUUGUUGGAGAAACGGGUACAUCCAAGACAGCAACAACACAAAAUUUCUUGCGCACACUUGAUCAGGAAAAACAUCUUCUGUUGAACAUGAAUUUCUCAAGUCGGACAACGUCUUUUGAUGUGCAGCGUAAUUUGGAAGCGAGUGUGGAGAAGCGAACAAAAGACACAUAUGGUCCCCCAGCAGGAAAACGUCUGCUUAUUUUUAUUGAUGACAUGAACAUGCCUCAGGUGGACACCUAUGGAACACAGCAGCCAAUUGCUCUGUUGAAGUUACUUCUAGAACGUGGCGGUAUCUAUGACCGUGGUAAAGACUUGAACUGGAAAAACUUGCGAGAUAUUGGCUACAUUGCAGCCAUGGGUAAAGCUGGUGGGGGCCGGAACGAAACAGACCCCAGAUUUGUGUCUCUGUUCAGUGUGUUCAACAUGACAUUCCCAGAUGACGAAUCCCUGUUCCAUAUUUACAACUCCAUUCUGAUGGGACACUGCCAGGCAUUCAAUAGUGACAUUCAGGAUCUUGUGUCCAACAUUACAAAGAUGACCAUGGCUCUUUAUAGUAUAAUUGUGAAAGAUCUGCCACCUACCCCAUCCAAGUUUCACUACAUCUUUAACUUGCGAGAUUUAUCCCGGAUUUACAAUGGACUGUGUUUAUCAACCCCCGAUCGUUUCACCAAGGCAGAACAGUUCCUACGACUAUGGCGCAAUGAAUGUAUGCGAGUCAUUAGUGACAGACUUAUCAAUGAACAGGACAAGGAGCUUAUCACUACAACUUUGAGCCAGCUUCUAAUCGAAGAUUAUCAAACUCACAUUGAGUAUGUGAUGAAAAAUCCUGUUCUCUAUGGUGACUACCGUACUGCACUUGACGAAGCUGAACCUCGAUUGUAUGAAGACAUUCAGGAUUUCGAUGCAAGCAAAGCACUUUUCCAGGAGAUUCUCGAAGAAUACAAUGAAGCUCACACACCAAUGAAUCUGGUAUUGUUUGAUGACGCUCUUGAUCACUUGACACGAGUCCAUCGUGUGCUGCGAAUGGAUGGUGGACAUGCCUUGCUGGUGGGGGUUGGUGGGUCGGGCAAGCAAAGUUUGUGUCAUCUGGCUUCAUUCACUGCUGGCUGCGAGGUGUUUGAAAUUAUGCUGAGUCGUGGCUAUAAUGAAAACUCAUUCCGUGACGACCUCAAGACACUGUACAACAAGCUUGGCCUGGAGAAUAAGAAAACCGUCUUUCUCUUCACUGACCAGCAUGUGGCAGAAGAAGGUUUUCUUGAACUGAUCAACAAUAUGCUGACAUCUGGAAUAGUUCCUGCCUUGUACCCAGAUGAAGAGAAGGAGUCAAUUAUUGGACAGCUUAGAAACGAAGCAGGAGCUGCAGGUUUCGGCCCAGCCAGGGAGAGUAUUUGGCAGUACUUCGUGAACAAAUCUGCAAACAAUCUUCAUAUUGUGAUGGCAAUGUCUCCUGUUGGAGACACACUGAGAACACGGUGCAGAAACUUCCCUGGCAUGGUUAAUAAUGCAAGCAUUGAUUGGUUCUUCCCAUGGCCCGAACAAGCCUUGUAUGCUGUGGCCAGUGUAUUUAUCUCACCAGAUAAUGCUUUGAUUCCUGCUGAUCAUCGUGAGGACGUCGUGGGUCACAUUGUUUUAGUGCACCAAAGUGUUGGUUUGUACAGUAAACUGUUCUUGCAGCGACUGCGUCGUAGCAAUUAUGUGACCCCAAAAAAUUACUUGGAUUUCAUCAAUACGUAUCUGAAGCUGUUGAAGGACAAAGAUCAAUUUAUCCUUUCCCAGUGUGAACGUCUAGCUGGAGGAUUGCAGAAGAUAGCUGAUGCCAGUGAACAGUUAGCUGUACUUAAUGACAAGCUGGCUAUCCAAAAGGUGGCUGUCACGGAGAAAACUGAAGCUUGUGAAAUUUUGCUUGAGGAAAUUUUGUCUGGCACUGAACAAGCGACACAAAAGAAAAAACUUGCACAAAUUAAAGGAAAAGAAAUUGAAGAACAAAAUAAGAUCAUUGUUGUUGAGAAGAAAGAAGCUGAGGAUGCUUUGGCUGAAGCUCUCCCUGCCCUUGAAGGUGCCAGAUUUGCCCUUGAGGAUCUGGAUAAGUCCGAUGUCACUGAAAUCAGGUCAUUUGCCAAGCCUCCUAAAGCUGUGCAGACCGUGUGUGAAUGCAUCGUUGUUCUACGAGGUAUCCGUGAGGUGUCAUGGAAGUCUGCUAAAGGAAUGAUGUCAGAGGCCAACUUUCUUAAAUCACUCACUGAUAUGGAUGUUGACAACAUUGGAUCUCGCCAAGUACAAGCUGUUAAAGGUUUGCUGAAGGACAUUGACAUGACUCCUGAGGACAUGAAGAAUGUUAGUAGAGCAGGUGGAGGUUUGCUCAAGUUUGUGGUGGCCGUCAUGGAUUACUGUGCUGUGGCAAAGGAAAUCAAGCCAAAGCGAGAAAAGGUAGCCAAACUGGAGCGCACAUAUUACCAAGCCAAACGUGAUCUUGAUAAGAUAAACAAUGAAAUUAAUUCUCUGGAGAAAGAGCUUGGAGAAUUGAAUCGAAAGUAUGAGGAAGCCAUGGCUGAGAAGAAAGCGUUGCAGGAUGAGGCUGAGAUCAUGGAACGACGACUGAUUGCAGCAGAUAAACUCAUUUCAGGUCUUGGAUCAGAAAACAUCAGAUGGACAAAUGACCUGGAGGAUCUGAAGGAGAAACGAAUACGUUUGCUUGGUGACUGCCUUGUGAGUUCAGCCUUCCUCAGUUACGUGGGCGCAUUCAGCUGGGAGUACAGAAACGACCUCACCUAUGCAGACUGGAUCAAUGACUUGAAAGACCGAAAUGUGCCACUUAGUGACCCUUUCAGAAUUGAGGAUCUUCUCACUAAUGAUGUGGAAAUCAGCCGCUGGACAUCAGAAGGUCUGCCUCCAGAUGAGCUUUCUAUUCAGAAUGGAAUCUUGACAACUCGAGCAAGUCGGUUUCCGCUGUGUAUAGAUCCACAGCAGCAAGCUCUGAAAUGGAUCAAACAUAAGGAAGAAGCCAACAAUCUAAAGGUGUGUACAUUCAAUGACAACGACUUUCUCAAGCAGCUUGAAUUGGCCAUCAAAUACGGAUUUCCAUUCUUGUUUCAAGAUGUUGAUGAAUACAUCGAUCCCGUAAUUGACAAUGUCUUGGAAAAAAAUAUUAAAGGUGGACAGGGUCGUGAGUUCGUGGUUCUUGGAGACAAAGAAGUUGACUAUGAUCCAAACUUCCGCCUGUAUCUGAACACAAAAUUGUCCAAUCCUAAAUAUGGACCAAAUAUUUUUGGAAAAUCCAUGGUUAUAAACUACACUGUUACUCUGAAGGGUCUUGAAGAUCAGUUGCUCAGUGUUAUUGUCAAAUUUGAACGAAAGGAACUAGAAGAACAAAGAGAACGACUCAUUCAAGAAACAAGUGAAAACAAGCGUUUGCUGAAAGAUCUUGAAGACUCACUCCUGAGAGAACUGGCCACGUCUCAGGGAAACAUGUUGGACAAUGUAGAGCUGGUGGAGACGCUAGAAGAAACUAAGACCAAAGCUACUGAGGUAUCAGAGAAGUUGAAGCUGGGUGCUAAAACUGCAAUUGAUAUCGAGAAGCUUCGUGAUGGUUACAGACCUGCUGCUAAGCGAGGAGCCAUCCUGUUCUUCGUCCUGGCUGAAAUGUCGCUUGUGAACACCAUGUACCAGUACUCACUCGCCUCUUACCUGGAAGUAUUCGAGUUCUCACUGAGAAAGAGUCUGCCAGACUCAAUCCUGGUGAAGAGGUUGAGGAACAUAAUGGAUACAUUAACACACAAUGUGUACAAUUAUGGAUGUACUGGUAUAUUUGAAAUGCAUAAGCUGCUCUUCUCUUUCCAAAUUACUUUAAAAUUGGAACAAGAUCAGAAUUUAGUUACCCAAGAACAAGUGGAUUUUUUCAUCAAGGGUAAUAUUGCACUUGAGAAGAGCCUGCGACAGAAACCUUUCAGCUGGUUACCUGAUGAGGGAUGGGAGGACUGCGUUCAUUUAGCAGAAGUGUUACCCGACACUUUUGGUAACCUUCUUGAUGACAUUGAAAGAAAUGAAAAUGUUUGGCAAAAGUGGUAUGACCACGAUGCACCAGAAUCUCAGCCGUUUCCAUUAAAAUAUGAAAAGUCCAUCUCAGAGUUCCAUAAGCUCAUGCUUCUGCGAUGUUUCCGUAUAGACCGGAUUUACCGAGCCAUUACUGAAUAUGUGACCAAGUGUAUGGGAGAGAAAUACGUCACUCCACCAAUCAUCAGUUUUGAGUUGAUAUUUGAACAGAGCACACCAAUGUCACCUAUUGUGUUUAUUUUGAGUCCAGGCUCUGAUCCUGCCAGUGACUUGUGGAAACUUGCAGAAAGGCUAGCAUUCGGUACCAACAAGAUAAAGUACUUGUCCAUGGGACAGGGGCAAGAGAAGGUUGCAUUGCAACUGUUGGAAACAGCCAUUGCCCGUGGCCAGUGGCUGAUGCUACAGAACUGCCAUCUGCUGGUGAACUGGCUUAGAGAUCUAGAGAAACAGCUGGAGAAGCUUGUUAAGCCUCAUCCAGACUUUAGAUUGUGGCUCACUACUGAGCCAACGCCAAGCUUCCCCAUUGGAAUUCUACAGAGAUCUCUGAAAGUUGUCACUGAGCCACCUAAUGGUCUGAAGUUGAAUCUGCGAAGUACGUACCACAAGAUCCCAGCCCAGUCUUUCUCAGAAUGCUCCCAUCCAGCAUAUUCAUCCUUAAUCUUUGUGCUGGCAUUCUUCCAUGCAGUGGUGCAGGAAAGACGGAAGUAUGGCAAGAUAGGCUGGAAUGUCUCGUAUGACUUCAAUGAAUCUGAUUUCCGAGUGUGUAUGCAGAUUCUCAAUACAUAUUUGACAAAAGCUUUUGACCAAGGUGACCCAAAAAUUCCAUGGAGCAGCUUGAAGUAUCUUAUUGGAGAGGUUAUGUAUGGUGGCAGAGCCAUUGAUGACUUUGAUCGCCGUGUUCUUCGCACGUACAUGAAUGAAUACAUGGGAGACUUCAUCUUUGACACAUUUCAGCCAUUCCACUUUUUCUUGAAUGAGGAAGUAGACUACAGGAUCCCAGAAGAUGGACCAAAAGACAAAUAUGUUGCUUUCAUCGAGUCUCUUCCAUUGUCAAAUACACCGGAAGUGUUUGGUCUUCAUCCAAAUGCUGAGAUUGGAUAUUACACCCAGGCAGCUCGUGAUAUGUGGUCUCAUCUUGUUGAGUUGCAGCCACAGACUGGUGAAAGUAGCUCGGGUAUAAGUCGAGAAGACUUCAUUGACAAGAUAGCAACUGAUGUGUUGAGCCGUCUACCACCAGAGUUUGAGCUGGACAAAAUAAAGAAGAAGUUUGGCAUUGGUGUGACACCAACAACGGUGGUUUUACUGCAGGAACUGGAGAGGUUCAACAACCUUGGCAACAGGAUGAGGAGAUCUCUGAUCACACUAAAGCGGGCACUGGCAGGUGAGGUUGGAAUGAGCAGCGAGCUGGACGAUGUAGCCAAAUCACUCUUCAAUGGCUUCAUUCCUUCCAUCUGGAGGCGUCUUGCCCCGGACACACUCAAGUCGUUGGGAAACUGGAUGACACACUUCCUCAGGAGGAACGCGCAGUAUGUUAGUUGGCUGAAUGAGGGUGAACCUUCAGUUAUGUGGUUGUCUGGGCUGCAUAUUCCCGAGUCCUACCUCACAGCUCUUGUACAAGCCACAUGUCGUAAGAAUGGUUGGCCACUUGACAAGUCCACACUGUACACCAAUGUGACGAAGUAUCAAUCGGCCGAAGAUGUUGCAGAGAGAGCUCACCAAGGCUGCUUUGUGUCAGGGUUAUUCCUGGAAGGUGCUGCAUGGGAUCUUGAAAAUAGGUGUAUUGUUCGACAGAAACCAAAACAGCUAAUUCAAGAAUUACCUAUUUUGAAGAUCAUUCCAAUAGAGGCCCACAGACUGAAACUUCAGAACACGUUCCGUACUCCUGUGUAUGUGACAUCUCAGAGGAGAAAUGCGAUGGGUGUGGGUCUCGUGUUUGAAGCGGAUCUCGCCACUACUGAACACAUCUCUCACUGGAUUCUGCAAGGACUUUGUCUCAUUCUGAACACGGACUAAACUAAACAUCCACGCUCACAUGUGGACAACACUUUUAGUCCAGGCUCAGUUUGUUUCAUGGCUGCUUAUAAUCACAGAACUUGUCGGCAUGGAGUGAAUUACUUUGAUUACUUGGAGAAUUCUAUUGGUUCGCUAACUUUUAAACACAGUUCAGUGAUGGGGAUCUGAAUUAAACAUAUGACUGCUAACUUUUGCAUAUGAAUACUUUGAAAGUAUUGACAGAUUUAGAGCUUAGACAUAGUGUUAUUUUUAAUAUAGACUUACACAACUGAACCAGCCCCAACUACUGAAUUGAUGGCAACACAUAUUGUCAGGAUCUUUUGUAUAUCUAAUCAGGUGUAUUAACACAAUCUACUUGCGAUAAGUGUCAUCAGUGUACACCAGACACUAAUGUUUUUAAAACUGUUUU